AUGGCGUUUAGAGCAGUCGCGCAUCAAAGCACCUUCCUGUUGCGAAGAUGUAUCAUCGGCAGAAGCAGUAGAAACACUACUAAUAAUUAUAACAACAGAAAAGCGAUGAUAUCCACUCGUUCUUCUUCUUCUUCUUUUUUAUCGUCGUCGUUCCUCCUCAAAGGGCGGACAAGCGGAGGCUUGUUCUGCAACAGAAUGAUUCGAAUGCCGCAACACACAAAACACAUUCGUUUGGGAAACAAAAAUCACGUCUCGACAUCGACAACAGCCGCGCUAGGAGGGGGAUCCUCCACGUCCGCGGGGAAGACGAAACAACGAUAUUUGUGCCAAGAUUGCGGCGAAGAUUACUCGCAGUGGUACGGCCAAUGCCCCGGGUGUAAAGCGUGGGACUCCAUGAAAGUCUUUCGAGAACCGAUUUCAAACGCGAACGGGGGGUCGAAUAAAGGAAAAUCUGGAGGCGGAGCCGGCGCGGCGGCGGCGCAACGCGCACAAUCGAACAACACCGACAGGGAACUGAAAUCGUCCUCGUCUUUGAUUUUCAAAAGAAAUAGUAACAGGAAAAGCACGGUCGGUAAUGGGUGGGUUUCGGACUCGAACGCGCCGCGCGCAUUGAAGGAAGUAUUGAAACCGGAAUCGAAAAACUCGAAGAAUAUGCGUCGAGUACCUUUGCCGGGGACGUUGGGUUCGGAAAUUGAACGCGUUUUAGGUGGCGGCGUCGUGCCAGGUGGUUUAGUAUUAGUCGGCGGUGACCCAGGCGUCGGGAAGAGUACAAUUUUAUUGCAGUUGGCGGGACUUCUCGGAAAAGAAGCGACCGAGACGGCGAAAAAAGUAAAGAAAGCGACGAAGACGAGCGAGGAAUCCGAAGCGGGAGAGGAAUCCAUGGAGGAAGUGGAAGCUCUGUUCUCUGGAGGUGGCGUUUUGUACGCGAGCGGCGAAGAAUCCGUUGAACAAGUUGCGUCGAGAGCUGAACGCAUGGAGAUUAAUCAGGACGGCGUGUAUUUAUAUUCCGCGACGCGUUUAGAAAAUAUCUUAGAUGCCGUGAACCGAUUAGAACCGUCGGCGUUAGUCGUCGAUUCAAUUCAGACUGUAUUUUUAGAAGAUGCUACCGGGUCUCCUGGAUCGGUGAGCCAAGUUAGGGAGUGCGCGACGGCGUUGCUACACGCCGCGAAAACGUCUGGCAUGCCCGUGUUCAUAGUUGGUCACGUGACCAAAUCCGGAGAUAUCGCCGGUCCUAGAGUUCUCGAACACAUCGUAGAUGUAGUUCUGUACUUAGAAGGUGACGCCGACAGAGCCGUGCGUAUUUUGCGCGGGCAUAAGAAUAGGUACGGUAGCACAGACGAAGUUGGCGUCUUCCAAAUGGCCGAUCAAGGUUUGGUCCCGGUGCCGUCGCCAUCCGCUCUCUUCUUGGGUGAACGUAUUAUUUCUGACGACGUUAGCGCGGCCCCGACUGUUACUUUACAAGGAUCUCGACCAUUCAUGCUGGAAGUUCAAGCGUUAUGUAACGAUAGAUCGUCGACUUACGACGAUGAAGAGGGCAAUAACUCGGGUGGUGGCAUGGUUGCGCCGGCCGUGCGUACGGCAGUCGGCUUGAAGUUUGAGCGCAUGCAGCUACUUCUCGCUGUGCUAGCAAAAUUUGUUUUAGGAAGGAGAGUUCAACGCAACGAUAUUUUCGUGAACGUCGUGGGUGGUUUGAAACUAGACGAUCCCUCGACCGAUGUUGCGGUAGCCAUGGCGAUCGCUUCUUCCUUUCUAGAAAGGCCGUUGCCGUCUGAUAUGUGUUUUUUUGGCGAAGUUGGUUUGGGAGGAGAAUUGCGGCCCGUUAUGCAAGCAGAAAGACGCAUCGCAGAAGCCGCGACGAUGGGUUUCAAACGAGUGCUCAUGCCCUUUACUGGAGCUAACGAAGAAGCUGGAAGAAAACAAGGCAUGGAGAUCAUCAAGUGUAACACUCUCGCAGAGGCAGUAAAAGUUGCGUUAGGCGCAGAUCCCGUCGGUAGAAAGAAACAGAUUCCAUGGAAGAAAAGAUGA